UUGCUUCCCUGACCCCACAGUGGCAGCUCCAUCAUCAGCUCCUGGCCUGUUCAAAACAGCAGAUGCUGAGCCCUGGCCUGGCUGCUCGCUCUCUACUUUCUAGCCAUCUCCUAGGGACUGGGCUGAAGCCUCAGAGCCCCAGCUGCUAACACCUGGGGCCAGGAUCAUGUCUGCUAACAAAGGCUGGUGGGUACCACCCGAGGGCGAAGACAGCGUGUCUCAGAAGUUCCUGAGGAAGACCAGGGAGUCUCCGCUGGUGCCUGCAGGCUUAGGAGGCUGCCUAGCAGUGGCAGCCUACCGGAUUUAUCGGCUGAAGGCCCGUGGUUCCACCAAGAUGUCCAUACACCUGAUUCACACCCGAGUGGCGGCACAAGCCUGUGCCGUGGGUGCGGUCAUGCUAGGUGCCGUGUACACAAUGUACAGAGACUACGUCAAGAGGACAGCACAGAAUCCCGGGGAGAAGUAGGACUCCUAUAGGGCCUGGGGCCGCCAGAGCCUCUUCCAUCGAUCCCUGGUACAUUCCUAAUAAAGC